UCAAACUCAAUUUUUGUAUUUAAAGUAUUUCAAAUUUGGAACCAGGUUGGAGCUUGCACUUUACCCGACACUAGUUUAGCCCUUAGUUUCCCCAAUCGGCAAACCGCUUGUAAUAAGGGCAAACAUUUGACCAGAGGAAUGCAUAUUCAAAUCAAAUUCAAUGGAUUUGUUUGAAUAACACGACUUAAACAGCUUAAACCUUCCCUUUCCCGAGAAAGAUCACAGUUAUUCUUUUGAUUAUCGAUGGCGGUAAAUUCAACCCGAAUGCUAUAGAAAUCGAGAAUCUUCAAAGUGCUGAUCCCAUGGAGGAAGGUGAUAAAAGCACUGGUAUUGGUGGAGAAAUCUCUACGAGGGUUUCAGCGGGUUCAACAUCUUGGUUAUUUGCUAGCCGCCAAAGAUUCACCAUUGAACUCAGGCCUGGUGAAACCACGAUAGUUUCUUGGAAGAGGCUUAUCAAAGAUGCCCAGGACACGUCUCCUCAUUUGACUGCCCCAAACACUGAGGAUUCUCUGGAUGAAUGUUGUCGAGAUGACAAGUCAACAAGUAAACAAAAUGGAUUACUUGUAAAGUUUGACAAAUUGGAAUGCACAAAUGAAACAGUUUUGUCAGUGGCUCAACCAUCGAGAAAACGAAGUAAAAAUAUGGCUGAAGCUCAAGGAGAAAAAGAUGGUGAUCACGAACCUAGAGUCUCAAAUAAAGAUGUUUCUAUAUCUCCAUCAAAUUCAGAGGAUGUUGAUAAGUAUAGGAGAGUAACCGUCCACUCCAACAAUUUAGAGAAUAAUACAGACUCUCUAGCUACAAAUCAGAAGUAUGUGGAAAAAAAGCCUUGUAAAAAACUUGAGUCUCCUGUCAGAAAAUUGAUGAUUGAAAAUGACGUGGAAGGAAUUUCCACUAAGGUAGAGCAGAGGGAGGAAACAUGUGGUGAACUGCCAGAUCUUAAUCUUCCUGUUUAUCCAGUGCAGUCAGAGAAAAGUCUCUCUUUGCAGUCAAAAGAUGUUUCUAAUUUGAGGACAAAAGGAAUAAUGCUUGAAAGGGCAAUGAGAGAGUUGGAGAAAGUUGUUGCAGAAUCAAGACUAUCAACUAUGGAAGUUCAGGAUAUUGAUGCUUCAUCUACCACUAUCAAAAGAAGGUUGCCUUGUGAAGUGAAGCAGAAGCUUGCUAAAGUUGCUAGACUAGCACACUCAAGCCAAGGGAAAAUAUCCAAGGAGUUAAUUAACAAGCUUAUGAAUAUUCUUGGACAUUCGGUGCAAUUGAGAACAUUGAAGAGGAACUUAAAAGAGAUGAUUUUAAUGGGAAUCUCGGCAAAGCAAGAAAAAGCUUAUAGAUUUGAACAGAUCAAAUUGGAGGUCAUUGAAAUGAUCAAAUCGCAGGCAUCUAUGCUAGGAGAUGUACCAACUGGUGACAUACAAGAAGUGCUUGGUUAUGAAGAAAAAGUAGCCCUUAAAAAACAAUACAGCAUGGAUAACGUCAUUGAGGAUAAAAUUUGUGAUCUUUAUGACUUGUACACUCAGGGGAUAGACGAAGACAAAGGUACACAAAUCAGAAAGUUGUAUGUCGAGCUUGCAGAAUUGUGGCCAAAUGGGAUCAUGGACAAACAUGGUAUAAAAAGCGCAAUUUGUAGGGCAAAGGAACGUAGAAGGGCAUUGUGUGAACAUGAUAAGAGAGAACAGGAGAAAGAAGUCGGCACAGAAAACGAAGACCGGUGUUGUAAAAGCUUGUUCAGUUUCUCAAUUGCAGGCUGAGCAAGAGAAUCAAGCUUCUGCGUCUAGUGGUCACGUAUUAGCUUUGCCUUGUAUGACAAUUUAUUGUAAAGAAACCCUGGACCAGCACCUUGCUGCACCACUUGAAAGUUGCAGUGUGCCACCAAAUUCGAGUCUGGAUAUUUCUGAAAAAGAGAAGAAUGAGAAAAUGACUAUCCCAAUGCUGAAAAAGCAAAUGAAGCACAAGAAUAGAGUGAAGAAAUUAUCCAUGAAACUGGAAAAGGGAUCUCAUAAGUCUCAUAAGCAGGCUAUUAAACAUCCAGAUGGUGUGAGUCAUGAAUUGGCUGGCCCCCCAAGCUGUGGACAUCCUGUUUGAUUUGGCUAUUUUCAACUUAAAUUUCGCAACAUGGAGAGUGAGGCGAUGUAAAAUUGCAAAUUUGAAUGUAUAAUUUAAGGGGAUCAGCUGAAUUUUGGUAAAAAUAUAACGGAGGUUCCUGUAUUAAGAGCCAAAUUGUAUUUUACUUUUUUACUAAAAAAAUGAGCAACUUAAUUCUUGUAUAUUAGAUCAAGAGCAAAUUGAUUUUUUCUGUUAAAAAUUUUAUCUAUUUCUACUGUUAAAAAAUGGCGUUGCUGAUGUAAUAACUAAAUAGUUACAUAUGAUUUGCCACAUGUAUCUCAUGUUGAGGAUUAAUUUUUAGCAGUAGAUAUUAAUGAAAUUUUUAAUAGAAUGAUUAAUUUGCUCUUGGUUUAAUGUAUAAAAAUUAAUUUAUUUAUUUUUUGAGUAGAGAAAGUAAAAUGCAAUCUAACUUGUAGCCCAUUACCUCUAUGGUACUUUUACGCUGAAUUACAGUUUGUGAAGCUGUGUUUCUGCUGUUUUUGACUUGACAAUCAUUUCAUCAUGGAGAAGAUAAGUAGCAGCAUUAAAGCAGCAGGAGUAGUUUAGAGUUUUCCUGAUAAAAGAGCAGAAAGAAUGUUGUUGUAUUCUUAGAGAAAUAGGAAUUUCAGGUUUUUCGACAGACAUUAUAGCGUAUGAGGAUGGGUUCUUGAAUUUGUCACUAAUACUAGAUUAUUAUUAUUAUUAUUAUUAUUAUUAUUAUUUGUCCAAGCACUAAUAGUAGAUUAUUUAUCUUUCUAAAA